CCCAACACUAUACGCGCACAAACGCGCGCCGCUUAAGCUAGAGAUGUGAUAGCGAACGCGAAAUAGAAACUCAGUUGAGUUAGCGUUCCACCGCGACCGGUCGCCUCUCGAAUCGACUGAUUAGUGCAACGAAGGAAGUGCCUUUAGUGGAGUGUCAAAGUGUAUUUUUGGAAGUUUUUGGAAGUUUUACCAAACAAGUGCCUAGUAGUGUGUAUAUUUUUAAGUGUUUACUGAAAAUAUAUCGUUUCACUAUGGAAUUAAGAAGAUUGUCCUUAUGCCUGGCGUUCCUGUUGGUCGCAGUUAUCUCACAUAGUUCAGAAGCGAGACACUCGCUGGAGCGACGAGAGGCUGAUGUGGACUUCUUCCAAGAUGACCCGGGCUCCGACAACGAACAAAACGAUGAAGGAGACGAUGAAGACGGACCUGUUCCGAAUGCCACCAUCCUCACCAAGCCGGAGGUGUAUAAAGUGCCCAUAGGAGUAGGGGUACGGUUGGAGUGCAGAAUUGAUAUCCCAGAUACAAUGGUAACCUGGAUGAGAGGAGAUAUAGGCCUGGUCGUGCUUGGUACACUGAUGGCUGAUUCGGCAAAAUAUCAGAAGAGCGGUACCGACCUCAUCAUCAACAACGUGACGCAGGCCGACGCUGGUGGUUACGUAUGCAAGGUUGAGCAAACGCCACCCGUGCAGAUUGAGCAUAAAGUCGAUGUAGUUCAAGCUGCUCAAAUUACGAGCAUUUCUGCUUCUGACGACGGCAGACCUGCCCCAGGCGCGGAUCUUACCUUAACUUGCACCGCUAUCGGCUUCCCCGCUCCGAAGAUCAUUUGGUCCAAGUUGGUCAAUGGACAGAACGCAAAACUUGGUGAAGGCGCCAUCCACACCAUUAAGAACGUGAAGGUGGAAGAUUCUGGAAAGUACUUCUGCUACGCGAUGGGCAACAACAACGCAGACACGAAGACUAUUGAUGUUUCUGUUAGAAGGAAACCUAAGGUCCAUGUGCACCGCGCCGUUAUCAACUCAGCCAUCGGAGUCCAGGCCCUCAUGAGAUGCAACGUACACGAACAAGAACCGGUCAGAAUUAGGUGGUUCAAGGGUGAGCAGGAGAUCGAGUCGUCCCAGUACACCACGCGAGGCACCGAGUCCAACUUCACCGUGACACCGCAGUCGGACGCUGACUUUGGAACCUACACUUGCAGGGCUGAAUGUGACUUUGGCACGCACCACCGUUCUAUCGAGCUGGUCGAGACCCCUGUAGUGGAGAGGCUAGAGUCCGACGGCAGCAAACUCUCGUGGUCCGUGCACUCCCACCUGCCGCUCACGAACAUCGAGAUACAGCUCAUUGAUACUGUCAACGGAACCUUAUCGAAGUUCGACGUGCCGGUGCCAGACCACAAGACACACGAAUACGACUUUACAUACGUGGUGAAUUCAGUGGAACCUGGACUCUACGAUGCAGUGGUGAAGGUUGAAAACUCGAAGGGCAUGGGCGAGAACAGCCAAGCGGUCGAACUUAAAGAAGUUGAACAAGACCCUGAAAGUAUCCAGGUAGCGAAAUUGGGCCCCUCGCCCGGCGCGGCGCACGCGCACGCCCCGACCACCGCGCUCAUCUCCACCGUGCUCAUGUACCUGCUCGUACGGAUGCUGUAAACAAUAGUAGUCACUAUAGUAUUCAUGGUUCGUCGUAAACACAUUCGCGCCAUUAUUCAAGCUGGGCUAGUUUCCUAAAAAACACUUUCAUCAUGCCAGCUGAAAUACGUCCACUGGCCAAAAUUAAGGCACACCACAGCGACCUAUCGGACAAAAUUUAUAGAGAUUUUGAACAGAGGGCCUAAGGCGGACAUCGAAAAUUGAAUUUUGUUAGCUGCCUCUCUAUCACAUGCAAGAGUGAUGGAGAGUCAGAUAAGGAUAACGAAAUUUCGAAGUUAAUAUUCGCAGUAGACUCUCAGAUCUUCGGUUCCGUUGGGGGCUAUAUUAGCUUUUUACAGUCAUAUGAGUUUUACUAAUUUAAAAAUGAUGAAAGCGCUAAAGUAAGUCCUUUUCGUCAUCCAAAACAACCAUAUGUUACAUUAGAAAAUUCAUUAAAUUAGGUAACUGAUUACCGCGCAGAAAAGUACAAGUAGGUUUUUUUCUUCUAAUACGAUUGUUAUAAACUUUAUUUUUGUAUUUUCCAUGAUUGGAUAGCUUAAGUCGCCUGCAGGAAACUAGCCUUUAAGGCCUGUAAGAAUAGAAAAUUGUAAAGGUGUAAGAAAUAGGAUUGUUUACCUUACAGCUAAAAUUGUAGCGCUCUGUAAUAUCUAUUUAUAUUUUUACUGUUUGUAGAAUGUACAAAAAUAUUUUUUGUAUAUAUUUUUGUGCGCGCAUUUUUUAAAUUCUAACUGUCCCACUUUUGUUAUCGUGCUUUUAGUAUCUUUUGCAUUUUCGUGUUUAAUUUUCUGUAUUAAGACAUUAUGUACAAAAAUGUAGAAACCUUUUUGGUGUUAUAACUACCUACUUCAAUGUACGUGUACUAUCGUUUCGCUAAAAUCAACCGUUUUAUAAAAACGAAAGUGUUUGUAAGUUUUGAAACUUCAUGCUUAACUGUUUUUCUAUUUCUAGUAUUACACGUAUGUUGACAUACGUAGAAGAAACACCUAUAAGUAUACUUAUUUACCAAGGUCCUUUAAAGAUUAAGAUUAAUUCAUUAUUUUUUUGUAAAAAAUUGAUAGCAGAGAUACUUAAAAAUUAGCAGCUUACAUUUAAGUUAAUUGAUUAAAAAUGAAAGAAGCGAGUUAUAAACAUGUUGUAAGUACAAUAUUGUACAACCAAUGUAAAUAUUAUUUUUAAAAUACGUUCAGUAGGUACACUAUUUGUAUUAGUUUUAAUUUUCGACUUCUUAUUUACUCCCCUUUUACUAAUUAUAUUAAUACAGAAAUAUAAUUCAAAUUUAAAGAAGUCGUCGUUCUCACAAUUAAUUAAGCUUUUUAGUGUUUUAAUAUUAGGUAAUUAUUACCAAAGUGUAAUUAAGAAUGACGUUUAGUUUAUUAUAUUAGUUUAUGUGCAGAUCGUAUGUACUUCAUUCAGAAAUAUAAUCAAAUGUGCUUAUUGUGAAAUUACCUUAUUUAAAAAUUGGAUCGAUUUUUCAUAGGCUAAAUAAUUAAUCAUUCACAUGCCUAAACGCGGAUCCACGCUAGUAGAUAAACAGCUCUAAUUAAUUAUUUAAUUAUUUAUUAUUCAAUACUUACUUCGUGGAUCCGGAUGAUCCGGCUUACGAGAGGUUAAAUAUAACUUCUUUAGUUGGUUCAAGAUUACAUAAAAACAGAUAAUCAAAAACCAUAUAGUGCUGUUGUUAUUUACUAGCUUUACAGACCUGUUAAUGUAAAUGUUAAAUAAUAAAGUCAUACUGUCGCUGCCAUAAUAUUAUACAAACAGUAAUCGAAUAAUGUAAAUUAAUUAUUAACUAAGAUCUAUAUUACCAGUAAAAUAACUAUUAUUACAAUACAAUGUGCCUGUAAUUUAUACAAAUCAAUAGUUCCAGUUAAGGUGCUUGAUAGUCCUUUUUAUACAAAAUAAGCUUCCAUUGUUUAUGAUAAUAAUAGUAAAAUAUUACCUACUAGUCUUAUUAUAAUAUUCAACAGUUCUUAAUUACUUUGGAUAUAAUAAUUAUUACAGUUGUAUAACUUAAACUAUUGGUAUAUCCAACAGUGAAUUAAUUAAACAAACAUUGUAUUUAUUAAGGAUGUUGAUAAUCCAGUGCUUUUAAAUAAUUCGGUAAAAUUAUAAAAUUGCAUUUAAAAAUCGAAGACAUUAUAGAAGGAGCCGAUGCAAAUACUGCAUUAAACAAUGAAAUGGUUAGUAUUAGGCAAUAAUAUAUUUUAUCAAUUGCUAAAAUUGAUUAAAAAAGUUAUCAUAUUAAUGUUUGCACAUUACAUAAAGCAGCAUAUGAAAUUUAUCUCGUCUGAGCCAAAAUUGAUACAAAAUUAGAAUUAAAUGUGCCUUAACGCUACAAAAAGACUUUCCACAUAAAUACGGCCAGUUUUAUUAAAAUAUAAUGUAACCUUUAUCGAUCAUUUCAUUUGAUUUAAAAUAAUAUACCGGACGUAUAUGGAUAUGUAAGGGACAAAACAUGUGACAACGCAUUUAGAGGUUGUGAGAUUCAGCAUUUUGAACCUAACAUAUAUGAAACCUGUCUACACGUGCACCUCGACAUGUAUAUUGUGCCUAAUUAUUUAAUUUCACUUCGGCGUUUGUAUUUGCGUUGUCCACAUAAAAGAGAUGCAUCAACGACAUUUUGGCAAAUACGGCCACGUGUUUUCCGGUAUAAAAAUUGAAAUACGUAUUGUAAAAUUGUCUUUCUGUAUCAACAGAUCUUCGUUGUUUCGGCUAAACUGUUUCGUUCAGCUAUAGGUGCCUUCUUGUAUUAGAGAUCGUAAAAGGAGGUGAUAUUUUUGUCUUACUUAUAUGAAUAAACGGUUAAUAAAUGUUUGUAAAUAUUA